AUGAGCAACCGAGACUCGACCGGGAGCAAGGACAACAUUGGGGACCUCGCUCAGGAAUCGAGCCAUAAGCACAAAGCGACGUGGCUGCCGGCGAUCCCGUUGACCCUCUUGGCGCCGGUCUUGAUCGGGCUGGCCUUGCUCGGUGUGCUGCUUCCGAAUACAAUUAUUUUGACGAAUGCGAGCGACGAAACGGCCCAGCUAGUCACUCAAAAAUACCUUUCGGAGCUCAUCUCAGAUGUUUCCUUCCGCUGCCAAACCCCAAUAGCGGCGAUCCUGCCUGUGAUCCAAUCGGCGGUGGCAAACGCCGACAUUACGGAUCUGUUUGCUGGACCACGGACCUCGUUCCAGAUGUCCGGGGUGGCUCCAUACGUGGCCAUAUUGCGGCAGAAAAAUGGUCUUGAUAAUCUCGUAUGCUCGACCGCAAGCUGGCGAGCUGGAUACGACGAAACCAACUCACCGGUUCUCAACACAACGAGCGUGUCCCGAGCAAUAAUAAAUUCCCUAAAGAAUCCGGCCACCGGAAACGAUGACACGAUCGCUUUCCUCGACGACGACAAGCCCACUCAGUUCCGGGCAUACGACCUGGACCCACUGACUCACCGAAUUCUCAACACGUCGAAUCCUCUUGUAUUUCCUUAUCCUGACUACACGAUGUCGAUGCAGAUGGCGCUCAAGAAAAAACCAACGUUUGGUGUCCCGUACUUUCUCCUCAGCACGGUUUCAAACAGCGGAUACACGGGCGCCUAUUUGGGCCUUACCCGUGUCGACGGCAAUCCGGUCUGGGGAUGCAGUGGUGGCAUCAACGUCGGUGCGUCGUGGAUUACCAUGCUGCAGAAAAUCAAGCCCAUGGAGCGGAGCAUCGUCGCAAUCCUCCAACUCGAUGACCUGUUCUUCCCCACGAACUUCACGGUGUUGUCCAGCAGCAACAUGGUAACGACGGGCGUAAGUAUCGAUGCACGUGGGAAUCCACAAUACGCCACUGCCAAAGUGGACGAGCGGACCGCCAGUAUGCGCCUGCAAAUCAUGCAGAAGUUCCCGACUGUCAGCGCUGCAGAGGCGGCCGCGUUGUCCAACACGUCUUUUGAAAUUACCUUGGAUAAUGAGCGCUUUAUCGCGAUGAUGGGCGUUACUCGGUUCGCAUUCAACUACCGAGUCCUUAAUGUAGUGACAAUGCCAAGAGACGAGAUCUAUGGAAAGAUCGACGCCGCCCGCACUCGCAGCAGAGCCAUGUCCAUCGGCAUCAGUGUCGGAGUGACGGCACUGAUCGCCGCCAUCUUUGUCGCCGCCGUGUUGCCGCUUUUCUCGCUCGCUCAACAAAUGGAAGGGUUAACAAAGCUCGACUUUGGAACGCUAGAAUCUUCCGGGGCUCUCGACCGUCGCUCCUGGGUGUGGGAGCUCCGAAAAGUCCAGAUCGUGUUCGCAACUAUGGUCAAAGCAUUCGCGGGAGCGAUCAAAAAGAACAAACAAAUGCUCAACAAGAAUCAUAACACUGGAAGCUCUGUUUCAGCCGCCGGCUCGAAGCAAACUAACACCGCCGUGACCGUGGAUCCUGCGGCUUCACGCAAGGCUAUUGCGGCUCGUGUUGCCAAUGACAUUGUGUAG